AAGGUAAAAGACAUACUGGCAUACUGGCACAGUCCUCUUUCAAGGCUGGCUCCCUUCAAUCUUCUGGAAUUUGUAACCAAAACUUGAUCUUUCUUCCUUUCUUUCUUCUAAUUUCCAUAACCUAUUUUCAAGGUCUCUCUCCCCAAAAUGGAAAGAAGAACAGCACUCUCUCCGAUGUUACUCCUCCUGAUCAUGUCUGUGCAGCACCUGGCACUGGCAACCCCAACAAGAGUGAACACCUCGUCCAAGUACCAGAUCGCAUGCACAAUGUGCUCCGCAUGCGACAACCCUUGCAACCCAGUUCACUCACCCCCACCGCCACCCUCGCCGCAUCCGCCACCGCCACCAUCCCCACCGCUGUCAACUGCCCGCCACCUCCGUCCCCACCAAGCUCCGGCGGCGGCGGAGGCGGCUCCUACAACUACUACUCCCCACCCCCACCAUCUCAGCCCACCUACAGUUACUACUCCCCACCACCACCGGUUAUUGGUGGCACAUUCUACCCCCCGCCGACAAAUAACAAAAACUACCGAGCGCCGCCACCCCCUAACCCCAUUGUUCCCUACUUUCCGUUCUACUACCACGUCCCUCCCCCUUCAUCUGUUGGCAACUCUCUGAUCAAGUUAAUGGGUUCCUUGGUUUAUGCUGUCACUGCUAUUGGGUUUUCCAUUUUCAUUUGCUUGUUCUGAUGGUGAAUAAAAAAAGGUGGAAUAAUGUGACGGAUGAGCAGAUCUAGCUAGGAAACUUGCAGGUGAGAGACAGGUAAUUCGUUGGAAGUUGUUCAGUAUUUACUGAAGUGAGAUCUGAAAACCAGGAAUUCUGACUCAAAUCUGGUGAUCGGUAAUCCCUCUCUCUCGCUCUUCUCGACGUCGUCUGUGAUUUGUCGACAAAUUGUAACUAUAUAUAUUUUAUUUCCGAUAAAUACAAAUUAUUAUGAAAAUAAGACAUCUUUUCAGGAA